GCUGGUGAGUAGCGAAGAAUUCCCAAAUCCGCGCAGCAAGAAGCCAAACACCAAAAUGACAGUUCAAAAAGCAUCGUUGUACAAAAGCAAGGGUGAAUUACCCGUUCUCGGGGAGCGCCCGAUUCCAAGCCCUUCGGAGGGGCAGGUUCAGGUUAAGGUUAUUAGUGCUGGAGGUGAGGGAGGGUGUCCGAUUCUACCUUUUUUCUUUUAAUGGGGAUGGGGAUGAUGAUUAGCUAAUGCAAGAUGGUACGCUAGUCAAUCCGGUCGACUGGAAGCGAAUCGAGUGCGACUUGGUGGUCAACCCGACAUGGCCACAAAUCCUAGGGUCCGAUGUCGCGGGAGAUGUCACUGUCCUGGGAUCCAAGGUGGCGGGUCUCAAAGUCGGUGAGAGGGUGUAAGCCACCCCCUCCCCCCCCACUAUUAUACCUCAAGCAAUACCGAAUACGAGUACUAAUGCAAGACAUGGUGAUAGCUUAUUCCAAGCCUCGCUAGAAGACAGGGACCAAUCCGCCUUCCAGCAAUACGCCGUACAAAACCAUGACCUGAUGAGCAGAAUCCCAAACCACAUCUCGUACGACCGCGCCGCGACAAUCCCGCUGGCAAGCUUCACAGCCCUGAUCGGCCUCUUCCACCACACGGGCCUAGGUCUGCACCCCCCACACGACCUCGAAGCCCGCUCUCGCCCGCACCCUCCGAGCACGACCUCAAUCCUGAUAAUCGGCGGAGCCAGCAACGUCGGUCAAUUCGCCAUCCAGUACGCAAAAAUGGUCGGAUUCGAGAAGAUCAUCACCACCGCUUCCGCAAAGAAUCACGAGCUUUUGACGAAGUUGGGGGCAACGCACGUCUUCGACAGACAUACUCGCGAUUUGGCGGAGCAGAUCAAGGAAAUCUCCGGCGAGGAUCUGAGGUACGCGUUUGAUACCAUAUCCAGUGACGAGACGUACGCUACGGCCUUGGGAGCGUUGGCAGAUAGGCACCCGGUGUAUCUGGCUGGUGUACUGCCCGUGCCGGAGGAUAGGAGUCGGUUCCCGCGGAAGCCGGAUGGGUCCGAGUGGAAGGCGGUGUUCGCGGCACCGCAACACUUGAGGGAAUUGAGCGUGCCCUUUUAUAAAGUUAUCGGCACUUGGUUGGAGACCAAUCAGAUUAGGACUCCCGAGAUAAUGGUUGUGCCGGGUGGUCUGGGGGCUGUGAGUGAGGCGUUGAUGAGGUUGAAGGAGGGGAGAGUUUCGGCGAAGAAGUUGAUUAUC